CCUGUUUCCUGCAUCGCUGCCGGCAGCUUGUUUGUAUCAGUGCGCUUACCACUUCGCUCUAAUAUUAGUGUAUUUUAUUAUCGUUAAUUAUUAUUGUCGUUGCUAAUUUAUCCUGAUAUCUCAAUAAUCCCUGUUCCUGUUAUUUACUUGGAAGAGUCUAAACCAAAAGUGAUAGUUAACAACGCCGUUAGCAUAGCAAUAGCGUGUUAGCUUGCUUUCUGUUCACACUGUGGAAUAUCAUCUUGCCUCUUGUUUGACUUGUGUGCUAACUGUUUCUCUUUUUAAGCGAGUAUACUACGAUCCAUCGAGCAACCUUGGUAAGUUGGAAUUGCACUUCAAAUCCGGUGAGUUAUGGCUUCUAUUCCUAUUAUUGUUACUUGCACCUCAUGUCAUAUGUUUAGCUUAGCCUUCUCUGUCAGCUGCGAGGGUUUUAUAUGCGAUAAAUGCAGGGAAAUAGUUAGGCUGACAGAGAAGAUCUUAGAAUUAGAGUCUCGCAUCCAAUCUUUAUCUGAGGAUAGUAAGAGUUUAACGACGAUAGAAAACACUUUGGAUGCGAGCAACAUUAGCGCACACAGCUCGGUUCCGGUUGAAAAUCCUCCGCAGCUGGGAAACUUCGUGACUGUGAGACGGCGUAGUCGCAGGACAAAACAUCACUCGACCGUUCCGAUUACAGUCUCGAACAGGUUUGCCCCGCUCAGUGACGCACCGACUGAGAAACCUGCUGAAAGUGCCCUAGUUAUCGGUGAUUCUAUUGUUCGGAACGUUAACAUAGAGGCACCAGCCACCAUAGUCAAAUGUUUACCGGGAGCCAGAGCGCCUGACAUCAAGUCAAAUUUAAAUGUGCUGGCUAAGGCUAAUCGUAAAUUCAGUAAGAUUGUCAUUCACGUCGGCACAAAUGAUGUUCGACUCCGUCAAUCGGAGAUCACAAAAGAUAACAUUAAAGAGGUGUGUGAGCUCGCAAGCAUGAUGUCAGACACUGUAAUAUUCUCUGGCCCCCUCAAUGCUUAUCGUGGUGAUGAGAUUUAUAGCAGAUUAUCAUCACUAAAUGGCUGGUUGUCUGAGUGGUGCCUGCAGAAUGAUAUAGUUUUUAUAAAUAACUGGAAGAGUUUUGAGGGCAGACCUGACCUGUUGAAACGAGAUGGUCUCCAUCCCUCCUGGGCUGGGACUUCCAUCCUGUCUAGAAAUAUGGCAAAAAGUCUUAAUGCUAAUGCUAAAACUUGACUCGCUGGGGCCCAGGUCAGGGAGCAGACAGUAUGGCUUAACCAACUGUCUGCUUGCCGUCUCACGUCGCAGAAUACACAAAAUGUACAACAUGUAGUAAUCCGUUCUCCCAAACAUCACAAAAUAGAGACUGUGUCUGUCCCCCGGAUUAGCAAACAUAAAAUAAUGCGUAAACCUCUUGAAAGUAAUUUAAUAAACGUUAAACAAACUAAACAUGAACAAAAUACAGAUAAUCAACUGUUACGACUCGGAUUGCUAAAUAUUAGAUCUCUCUCUAAUAAAGCACUUUUUGUUAACGAUAUGAUAACAGAUCAUAAAAUAGACAUGCUCUGUUUGACAGAAACAUGGCUAAAACCAGAUGAUUAUAUUGCUUUAAAUGAAUCUGUCCCCCAAGAUUAUUAUUAUAAACACGAGCCUCGUCUAAAAGGCAGAGGGGGAGGUGUCGCAGCACUUUACAAUAACUCUCUUAGCAUUUCCCAGAAGUCGAACUCUAAAUAUAAUUCUUUUGAAGUCAUGGUUCUUCAUGUUUCAACACCUAAUACUAAAGAUAAAACAUUUUUAAAAUUUAUUUUAGCUAUUGUAUAGGCC